UUUAUUGUACAUUAUAUAGUAGGCCAUCGCUUAAUCAACUAGUAAAUUUUGCGAUUUUUAAAAAAAUUUCUAAUUUUUUAAUUUAAAUAAAUUUCAUGUUAAAACAUUUAUACAUAUUUUAAAAAAUUAUUUAGUUUUUUUAUAAUUAUGUAAUAAAUCAUUACAUAAUAACAAUGAAUUAUAAUAUUUUAAUAUUUAUCUUGGUAGUCAACGCGACGAAUAGCCAGCAAAAAUAUGAUGAAGGAUCUUGUGCAUGAUCUUGACGAUGACUAUACAUUUAGCGUAUGUGAAUUAUUAUUAAAGAACAAUUCUAAAGGUAACAUCGUCACUAAAAAAAAUGUUCAUAUAAAAAUGAGUGAUACAUUGAGGCUAAUCAAUUAUGAGUACACAAUAAGUUUAGCAUUGAUCGUAAAUCACGUAAAAUGUAUAACUGAUUUUUGUAAUGCAAAUAUGCUGUACCCUACUGAUUACACGAAGUGUGUGGAUUCAUUAAUUCCAUAUAUUGAUGAAUCCAAAGAACUUAUUACACGUUAUAUUAGUGCAAUACAUUUCCUAAGGAAAUUGUUCAAUGUCAAUAUUAAAACAAAUGUUUUAAAAGAAUUAAACAUUUUUAUUAAUUUAGUAAAAAAAGAAAGAAAUGAAGAUAAUAAUUUAUAUGUGAACAGAAUUUAUUAUAAUUUCAAAGAAACGUACAAAAUGUAUAAUAAUAAUUUGCAAAAAAUAGUAAAUAAUUACAACAUUGAUGAAUACAAUUAUUGUGUAAAUAAAAGUAUAGACGAUUUAGACAAAUAUAUAUCAGAUAAUAAAUUACCAAAAACGUUUGAACACUACGAAUUCUUAGAAGUUAACUUCAAUGAAAGUCUUGAACAGAUGAAAAACGCGUAUGCUAAACACGGCUUUCUUUAUGACAUAGAUAAGAAUGAAACUUUUUAUUUAUACGAUGUAUAGUUGAAGAAAAAAUUAUUAUUUUCAAUUUUUUUUAGC